AUGGCUUCUGCAGAUUCUGACAUUCAAAUGUUAAAAGGUACAUGGGAUUAUGUCGACGGUGAAAAUUUUGAUGAAUAUUUAAAGGAAGCGGGUAUUUCAUGGGUACUGCGGCAAGCUGCGAAAGCUGUAACGAAAGAAAAAAUGAUUAUUAGUGCAGAUAAUAAUGGUAAAUGGACAUUGAAAUCGGAAUCAACAUUGAAAAAUACGGUGUAUGAGUUCACACCGGGUGUUGAAUUUAAUGAAACACGUGCCGAUGGGGCAGAGGUUAAAUCAACAAUUACAUUCGACAAUAACACUAGUCGUUGGAUUCAUAAUGCAAUUGAUAAACAAGGAAAGCUAGUGCAUAUCGAACGUUAUGUUGAUGAUAAAGAUCAACAACAAGUUGAAUUAACAUGUGGUAAUGUUAAAGCUCGACGUCGGUAUAAACGAGCAGGAUGA